CGCCCGGACGUACCCCAGACGACUUGAUAUACGGACGUCGCUCCCCCGCCCGCGACCCGAAACGAUGUAAGAGACGCGACUCAAACACCAUGUCUUUCCGCUACACCGCGCGCAGACUGCAGUUGCAGAGGCUGCUGAGCAGCCCGCCGCCGCGCCUCAAUGCCGCCAACAGAGCAGCCAGCGCGGCGACGCCGGCUCGUCGGGGCGUGGCUUCUACGCCUACGGCUGAGCGAGUACUGUUUCCCGGCGCGCUCAACAGCGAGUUCACCAAUACCAUGGAGUUUAUGCAUCCGUCUCGCGCAAAGGCCAUCUCGACGUACCGCGUCAUGGACCAGUAUGGAGAGAUCAUUGACAAGGAGAUUGGUGUCGAUACGACGGAUGAAGAGGCGUUGGAGCUGUAUAAGAAUAUGGUUACGCUGACCAUAAUGGAUCUUCUCAUGUUUGAGGCACAGCGGCAGGGACGGUUGUCAUUUUACAUGGUCUCCGCGGGCGAAGAAGGCAUCGCGAUUGGAUCGGCCAGCGCCUUGUCUCCUGCCGACGUUAUUUUCUGUCAGUACCGCGAGUCUGGUGUUUAUCUCCAACGCGGCUUCACGCUGUCGUCGUUUAUGAACCAGCUCUUCGCCAAUGCCAAAGACAAUGGUCUGGGCCGAAACAUGCCUGUGCAUUACGGCAGCAAAGAGCUCAACAUCCACACGAUUAGCUCCACGCUUGCGACUCAGAUCCCGCAUGCAGCUGGCGCGGCAUACGCCUUGAAGAUGCAAAACAUACAAAACCCCGAUGCUGAGCCCCGGGUUGCAGUGUGCUACUUUGGCGAGGGCGCCGCCAGCGAAGGCGAUUUCCACGCUGCCCUCAACAUUGCUGCAACCCGUCAGGUCCCUUGUAUCUUCAUCUGCCGUAACAAUGGCUACGCUAUUUCCACGCCGACUUCAGACCAAUACCGCGGUGACGGCAUCGCAUCGCGCGGUGCGGGCUAUGGCAUUGCUACUCUCCGUGUAGACGGCAACGACAUCUUUGCCGUGCGUCGCGCCACAGCUGAAGCCCGCCGCCUAGCCCUCCAAGACGGCGGCCAGCCCGUCCUGAUCGAAAUGAUGGCCUACCGCGUUGGCCACCACAGCACCUCUGACGACUCCUUCGCGUACCGCCAGCGCGUCGAAGUCGAAGACUGGAAGCGCCGCGACAACCCCAUCACACGGCUUCGCAAAUGGCUCGAGAGCCGCCAACUCUGGGACGAAGACAAGGAAAAAGAAAUACGCAGCACAACGCGAAAAGACGUGCUCAAAGCCUUUGAAGACGCCGAAAAGGAAAAGAAACCAAAUCUCCGCCAUGUCUUUGACGGCGUCUGGGAAAACCUCACACAAGAGCAGAAAUCGCAUAUCGAGGAACUCAAGGAUAUCCUGCAGAGAUAUCCAAAGGAGUAUUCGCUUGAAGGGUUCGAGGGCGGGAUGAAGGGGCUGGAUGAGCUGUUGGAGAAGAAGUAGGCUGUCUUUAUUUCUAGAAAAAUGGUUUUUUUCUAAGUAGACUAUAAGCCCCCGAUGAAUAUAUA